UAAACAUUGGUACAUUUUUCGUGAAGAAAUUCUCGGUAAAUCGCUAAAGUUAGUGAAAAAUUGUAAAAGUAUAAGUAUGUGAGAAUUGUGUUGAGACAUUUUGCUAAUGCGAUUUAUACCUCUCAAUGCUUGGUGCAAAUAUUUGUGUUUUAAGCUUAAGCAAUUAAAUUCUGGAAAAUUUCGCAGUUUUUUACUACGUAGACAAAGUGCUUGCAACCUCAUUCUGGUCCGCACUACACCACAAGUACAACAACUGUGCUAUACGAAAAGCUAAAAGAAUAACUCAACGAGAACCACGAAAACGUUCAACCGAAAUUAUAAAGCAAUAGUUGAGACAAUAUAAAACCGCAGAAAAUACAUAAAAUAUUCAAGUCAUGGACGAAUCAAACAUGCAGGAUAAGGAACGUUUUGCCAGUCGGGAAAAUCAUUGUGAAAUUGAAAGACGUCGAAGAAACAAAAUGACGGCUUAUAUCACUGAACUUUCCGAUAUGGUACCCACCUGCAGUGCUCUAGCCCGUAAACCUGACAAACUGACUAUACUCCGUAUGGCUGUUGCACAUAUGAAAGCUUUACGUGGCACAGGGAAUACAAGCAGUGAUGGCACUUACAAACCUUCUUUUCUUACUGAUCAAGAGUUGAAGCAUUUAAUAUUAGAAGCAGCUGAUGGAUUUCUAUUUGUGGUGUCUUGUGAUUCUGGUCGUGUUAUUUAUGUUUCAGAUUCUGUUACUCCAGUAUUGAACUACACUCAAAGUGAUUGGUAUGGCACAAGCUUAUAUGAACACAUUCAUCCUGACGAUCGCGAGAAGAUACGUGAACAGUUAUCCACACAAGAGUCACAAAAUACUGGUCGUAUACUCGAUCUUAAAACAGGUACAGUGAAAAAGGAAGGACACCAAUCGUCUAUGCGUCUUAGCAUGGGUGCACGUCGUGGUUUUAUAUGUCGUAUGCGAGUUGGCAAUGUAAAUCCAGAUACAAUGGUUGCUGGUCAUUUAAAUCGCUUGAAGCAAAGGAACUCACUCGGUCCUUCUCGCGACGGCACCAACUACGCUGUAGUGCACUGUACGGGAUACAUAAAGAACUGGCCACCAACUGAUAUGUUUCCUAGUGUACAUAUGGAACGUCCAGUAGAUGACGAAAUGCAUUCUUCACAUUGCUGCCUAGUAGCAAUCGGGCGCUUGCAGGUGACAUCAACUGCAUCCAAUGAUAUGACAAACUCUAAUAAUCUGUCAGAAUUUAUAACGCGUCAUGCAAUGGAUGGGAAAUAUACUUUUGUCGACCAACGUGUUAUGAAUGUUCUGGGUUAUACCCCAACAGAUUUACUUGGGAAAAUUUGCUACGAUUUCUGCCACACUGAAGAUCAAAUGAAUGUAAAAGACAGCUUUGACCAAGUACUCAAGCAAAAGGGGAAUUUUUCGUUAAUGUAUCGCGCACGUGCUAAAAGCGGUGAAUACGUUUGGUUGCGAACACAUGUUAAUGCUUUUCUUAACCCCUACACAGAAGAAGUAGAAUAUAUUGUGUGCACAAAUAGUUCAGCCAAAACACUACAUUCGAACACGGGACAUGAUGCUAAUACCCCUGAUCAAUCGACUGCUGAACAUGUCUACGUAGCACCCGUUGUGGACUACACUUUACAAGCUCGUCGAGAUGUCACACCAUCGGCAGGCACUGCGGAUGGUAUGUAUGCCACUCAUGGAAUGAUCGGGUCACACAUACCCCCACAAAGUGGAAUGACUGGGCAGCAAAGCAAUAAUGUUCCACGCCCUGGCUCAGCACAAAACGCCGUAGCUUACAAUUAUGAUGCUACACACUCGCCACUAAGUGGCUAUCCACCCAAUGCGAGUGGCCCAUCACCAAAUACAGCACAUAUGGCAAAAAUACCGAAGGCUAACAGUUCUCCGACUCCUGCGGCGCCAACCUGGACGACUCUUCGUCAACAACAAGCUGUAUCUGAGGGUUAUCAAUACAAUCAAACGAGUCCGGCACGCUCACCGAGUGGUCCAACAUAUACUCAAUUAAGUGCCGGUAAUACCCGACAAGGUAGCUAUCACACCGGAAACAACACGCAAGGUGCUGCUCCGCCACCUGCAAAUGCUUCUGGUAUGUGGGGCGACUGGCAAAAUCCCGCUCAACCACAACAUCCGCAUGGACCUCAUGCAGCUCCACACACCGGUCAUGUAUCUCACGUCGUUCAUGGAGCACAUGUGCAAGCCGGUCAACCACAAGGUCAGGAGUUCUCCGACAUGCUGCAGAUGCUAGACCAAAGUGGCACAACUACGUUCGAAGACCUCAACAUCAAUAUGUUCAACACACAAUUUGAAUAAGUAGUGCCUAAUAUAAAUGCGAAAAAGGAUACAAAAUAGUAAAGCAUUUGUGUAGGCUUGUAACAUACAUACAUAUGUACGGAUAAAGCAAUAUGUCAUAUGAAAAAUAUGUAGAAAGUAUUAGCAAAGUAAAUUUUAGAACUAUAUUAAUAUUUAGAAGUUACUUUUUUGUGGCAAUUUUGUAAAAACUCAUUUAUAUUAAUGAUUUAAAUCAUAUAGAGUGUCGAACCAUAGCACAAUAUUAUUGCCGAUAAAGCACGUUUCAAAAUAAUACUAGAAAUCGUCACGACACUGCAUUUUUUACAACUCUAUUCAUUGACUUGAACACUCGAAUAGCGCUGUUAACGUCAAAUAUUAUAUUUUGUCAUUGCAACGUCAUAUAAAGUAAAUAACAUCAUUAAGAAAGAAGUACAUUAGCUAGAACGUACAAAUUUUCAACUAUAAAAUAACAAAUUGCUUAUUUGAAAUUGUAUUUGGGAAUAUAGUAUCAGUUUAUUAAUUCAACAAAUAAUUACAAGGGGAUGGGAAAGUUCACCUUAACAGUAACUUAUAACCGAUAAUAGUACCACAAUUUUUAUUUUCACUAUGUUUUAAACAAGAAUAAACUUAUAAACGAGUAUGCGCUGACUUUAAAGUUUGUGGCUGCAUCAAUGUCAUUA